UUGACAUUUAAAUCUACUUUAAAAUUACUAACAGAAGAAUUUUAACAGUACCAGUGAGUGGCGUGUUUUUCGCAGUUUUUAUUUUAUAAAUUAAUGACACAUGCAUUGAAUAGAUAUAAAAAAAUUUUUAAUUGAAAAGGUGUUCAAUUAGUGAAAAAUGGCAGCAACGACUCCGUUUAAAACACCUCUGCCAUACAGUACUCCAAAAAGUAGUUGUAAGGGAAUGUCUGACAAAUCUGACAGUGAUGAAAGCACAAGUGCUUCUGAUACGGGCUCAGCAUAUUCGGGGUCUUCAGGCGAUUUAACCAUUGUGGCAUUAUUCGAUGAUCUGAUAAGAUUGAUGAAACAGAAGAGGGACGAAAAGGUGGAGGAGGCAUUUCGUACAUUUGCUGAAAACAUGAAAGUUUUAUUUAUACAAUGGCAAACCACUGUAGCUGAAUGCCAAAGGCUACAGAAUGCUCUCGAUAUUAGAACGCAAGAAUUUAGCGAAAUGGAAAGGCAUCUCAACGUAGCAAGGCGAUUAUUAGACGAAGAAAAGAAGAGAACAAAGCAGGCUAAACAAGAACGUGAUGAAUUUGAACAGCAAAUAGGUACAGUGCGAAAGUUACUGUUCAAAGACAACCGAACAAAAUUAGCAGAUGAGACGAGGGAACAAUUUGCAUUUUUGAAUAAAGGUCGUCAUAGUUCAGGGGAACCUGUUGCUACUAAUGUUAAUAAUCAACUCAGUGCAAUUCCGGAGGUUAAUUCUACAGGUUCCAUUAUGUCAGAUUUCAGUUUUUCGCGAUCUGAAGAUGAUCUGGAUAGCUCUAAGUGCUUCCAAGCUGGUAGAGAAUGGAGAAAGCACAGAGCAAGCACAGAAGCUCCUCCUCCAGAACCUGCAGCAAAGAAAAGACGUUCGUCUGGAAACAAAGUUGUCGAGAUUGGCGCAACAGAUACAGUUAGGGCUACAACAACUUUAACAGUAACCAAGGAAGGGCCGAUAAAAGCAACUUCUAUUAUCGAGUCUUUGCCGCAGAAACCUUGUUUGUUUCCCGAUCCUCCAAUUAUAACUGAACCUGUAUCGCAGCCGGGCUACCCACCUGUUAAUUUAAUUUUCGAUUCCUGGAAUCGAGAAGGAUCGCAGAGGCCCGAAAGUAACACCAACCUGAGACAGCACUGCUUCCAGCAGAAGACUGUCGUCAUGCCCGGUUCUUGCACGUCUUGUGAGAAACGUAUACGUUUCGGGAGGUCGGCUCUCAAAUGCAGGGAUUGCAGGGCAAUGUGUCAUUUGGAAUGCAAGGAUUUCUUGCCUUUGCCCUGCGUUCCAGCCGCAAAUACGCCCGGCCAAAGGAAUUUAUUGGGAAUUAUCAGCGACUACACCCCAACCAUACCCCCAAUGGUUCCAGCCCUAAUCGUGCAUUGCUUGAAGGAAAUAGAACAACGCGGGCUAAAUGAAAUUGGAUUAUACCGAAUACCUGGUUCGGAGAAAGACGUGAAAAGUUUGAAGGAGAGGUUCAUCUGUGGAAGGGGUUCGCCCAAUCUCAAGGAAAUCGAUAUCCACGUGAUCUGCGGCUGUGUUAAGAUCUUCCUGCGUUCUCUUACCGAUCCGCUUAUAACCUACAAGUUGUGGAACGACUUUGUGCAAGCCGUCGAAGCUAAAGAUGAGCGGGACAUCGUGCCUACUCUGUAUCAGGUUAUUUCUGAGUUACCGCAACCGAAUAGGGACACGUUAGCGUACAUGAUUCUCCAUUUACAGAAAAUCGCGGAAUCUCCAGAGUGUAAGAUGCCAAUUGAGAAUCUCUCUAAAGUGUUUGGUCCUACGAUUGUCGGGUACUCUUCGGAAGAUCCCAAUCCGAAUAAUUUGAUUACGGAAACGAGGCAGCAAGGCAUGGUAAUGGAACGUUUACUGAAAUUGCCGUCGGAGUAUUGGUCUUCGUUUAUUAAUGUUAGUACUCCUCAACGCACGGGGAAACUACAGCAAACUCCGAGUACGGAUUCGUUAUUAAGGCCAACAAGUCGCAUUUUCACUCCUAGAGGGAUCAAUAACAAUCCAAUAAAAAGGAAGCAAAGGUUUUUCGCCACACCUCCAUCUUUCAAAUAAUCUACAUUUUUUAAAUAUACUUUAUUAUAGUUUUAUUAACAUUAAUUGCCCUAGUUAAAAACUGGUCAUUAAAUGGUGUACGGCUUUCUCUCUUUUAAUGUAUAAUUGUACACAGUUUCGAUAUUAGAUUAUACACAAUAUUAUACGUGUAUGUGUUGUGCAUUAUACACUAUUUCUUAAGGUUAUAUUUAAUGGCUUGUACUUAAUAUAACACUUGUAUUUAGGACCAAGUUUUAUU